AUGAGCAUAGACUUGGGCAUCACCACUGUGGUAACUCUUGCAGCCGUCAAGAGGCCUUCAAUGGCCGUGGACCGCACUCCACAUCAUCGAAUUAUGAAGAAUCACCCCGAAGCUCGAAACAAGACAGGCCUGAGCCUGCAGCUGCCACUGAGGCCGGAGGACGUUGCCGAAAUUAAUAUGGAAGGAGUUCUCUUACCUCCCUUCCUCACCAGA